AUGUCUUCAGCAAAACAUGGGUUUGCUCUAGUUACUCCUGCUUCACGAGGGUUAGGCUUCGCGUUCGCCCACCAACUCCUAGCGCGGACCCAGCUCCCGGUGAUCGCAACAGCGCGAAAGAAUUGCAAUGAGAUCCGAGAGCGAUUGCUAUCCAGCAGUGAUAUACCAAAAGACUCCGAGAAGAGGCUUAGAAUACUCGAAGUUGACGUGACAGAUGAAUCCACGAUAUCAGCAAUGGCAGACACAAUCCGGCAGGAAUAUCCGGACACACCUCUAAGACUGGGACUAACAGUUCCCGGCACUCUGCAUGUGGAAAAGUCACCGAGCCAGAUCGACUCCGCCAAUGCUCUAGAUAGCUUCAAAGUCAACUCCUUGGGUCCAUUACUCCUCAUGAAAUAUCUCUCCAAUUUUAUGCCAUCCAAGUCUGCGCCCGCGUUCCCAAAAGCGAGUUCCACAGCUGCAGGCGGUUCUUAUGCACCACUGGAGUUACCCUCACAUGCUAUCUAUGCAAUGAUGGCUGCCCGCGUUGGCUCAAUUUCCGAUAACUCAUCGGGCGGGUGGUACUCCUACCGUGCGAGCAAGUCUGCUGUGUUCCAGUUGGCAAAAACUUUUGAUUUGUAUUUGCGGACGAAGAGCGCGCAGAGGGCGAUGGCUGUUGCGCUGCAUCCUGGGACUGUGCGGACGGAUUUCACCAAGGCGUUCUGGAGCGGGAGGGAGAUGCUGGAUCCGGCUGAUUCAGCUGAGAGAUUGUUGCAAGUUCUUGUCGGGUUAUCGGCUGAGACGAAAGGAGGGAGAGGGAGAUGUUGGGAUUGGAAGGGGGAGGAGGUGUUGCCAUGA